CAUUUAUAUCGUACGGUUUUCGGAGCGUUUUUGUAGCUAUUUUUCGUGAACUUGUGAACUGUGAGCAACUGUGUGUCGGUGGGCAUAGGCAUAGUCAUAGUCUGCGAGUGAUCAUUGGCAUUGAUCUUUUAAGCGGUUUCGUCGGGACGUAGCGAGUGAACGACAAGGCAAAAUGGCCGAAAAACCGGAGGAUAUAAACACAGAUAUACCGUAUUGUCUGUACGACUCGAAUCUACGCCGGACUUACAAGCGUUUGCGGUUCUUUGGUAAGGGCGGCUUUGCCAAGUGCUACGAAAUCAUGGAUGUGGAGACCGACGAUGUUUUUGCCGGCAAAAUCGUAUCAAAGAAGCUGAUUAUCAAGCACCAACAGAAGGAGAAGACCGCCCAGGAGAUCACCAUUCACCGUGAUCUCGAUCAUCCGAACAUAGUAAAGUUCCACAGCUAUUUCGAGGAUGUCCAGAACAUAUACAUUGUCCUGGAGCUGUGCAAGAAGCGGUCGCUGAUGGAGCUGCACAAGCGCCGUGGAUGCAUCACGGAGUACGAGUGCCGCUACUACAUUUACCAGAUCGUCCAGGGCGUCAAGUAUCUGCACGACAAGCACAUCAUCCAUCGCGACCUGAAGCUGGGAAACCUCUUCCUGGACGAUAUGCUGCACGUGAAGAUUGGCGACUUUGGCCUGGCCACACUCAUCGCAUACGAGGGCGAACGCAAGAAGACUAUGUGCGGCACCCCCAACUACAUUGCCCCCGAGAUCCUCAACAAGCAGGGGCACUCGUUCGAGGUGGACAUUUGGUCGAUUGGCUGCGUCAUGUACACGCUGUUGGUGGGCCAGCCCCCGUUCGAGACCAAAUCGCUGAGGAACACUUACUCAAGGAUCAAGAAGUGCGAGUACCGCGUGCCCAGCUACAUGAGAAAGCCCGCUGCGGAUAUGGUGAUGGCCAUGCUCCAGCCGGACCCCAGCUGCCGGCCAGCCAUUGGCCAGCUGCUGAACUACGAAUUCCUGAAGGUCUCGAGGGUGCCCACGUUCUUGCCAAUCUCUUGCCUGACCAUGGCUCCGCGCAUUGCCUUCGUCGAAGACCCCCUUCAUCGCCUGCCGCUGAUGCAGAUGAACGGUAUUGAGCAGUCGGCACUCCUGAAGGGCAGCCUGCACGACACCAUCACUGCCUCGUCCCAGAUGUGCCGCCACAGCGAGGACUUCCGCGGCGACCUUGAGAGCUUGCACCAGCAGCUCACCCAUCUGAUUGAAAACAAGCCGUGCCAACUGCCAGGCAAUCUCGGGGACGAGAAUACCGAUCCUGCGGCACAGCCGCUCUUAUGGAUAUCCAAGUGGGUCGACUACAGCGACAAGUACGGCUUCGGCUAUCAGCUCUGCGACGAGGGCAUUGGCAUUAUGUUCAUCGACACAACCAAACUGAUUCUGCAUCCCAAUCAAAUCAACGUCCACUUCAUCGACAAGGACGGCAAGGAGAGCUACAUGACCACCACCGAUUACUGCAAGACCCUGGAAAAGAAGAUGAAGCUGCUGUCCCACUUUCAGCGCUACAUGAUCGAGAAUCUCGCGAUGGCUGGUGCCCACAAUGUGAACAUCGAGAGUGACCAGGUGUCGCGUCUGCCCCAUUUGCACAGCUGGUUCCGCACAACCUGUGCCGUGGUCAUGCAUCUGACCAACGGCACCGUACAGAUCAAUUUCUCGGAUCACAUGAAGCUCAUUCUGUGCCCGCGUCAGAGUGCCAUCACGUACAUCGAUCGCGAGAAGAACUUUCGCACAUAUCGCUUCUCGACCAUCGCGGAGAAAGGUGUGUCCAAAGAUGUCUACCCAAAGAUACGCUAUGCCCAGGAAAAACUUGGCAAAAUGCUGGAGAAGAUGUUUAACUAAUUCUAGGAUUAGUUCCAGCCCUCCCAUCCACCCCCGACAAUGCGUUUCCCCCAAUUCUAGUUUCUGUUUCUGUUUAAAUUUAUAUUUACUGUUCAAUGUUUCUUGUUUUUAGU